UACAAGUGGGAGGUUUUGCGCAAGAUGGAGCGCGCGUUCAGCAAGGGCUACGACCCGGUCCUCGAGCUCGCCCAAGCCGCAGCACGAGAGUCGGACGGGUCCGUCAAGCGCGGUCGCGUCCGUCGCAAGGAGCAGGACUACCUCGACAAGGUCAUCAACGGCGAGAUCUCGGGCGAGUACCUCCUCCUCAUGGGCCCCAAGGGCGUCGGCAAGACGAGCAUGCUCCUCGACGCCAUGAUCGCCAACGAAGCCGACGGCUGCGCCAUGCUCGAGGCCCACGAGGACCCCGAGGUGGUCCGCCUGCGCCUCGGCAAGGCCAUCGACUUCGAGUACAACGAGGACUCGUUCGCCGGGCUGUUCCAGCGUCGCGACCCGAGGGAGGCUGGCCCUAUCCUCGACAUCGAGCGCGCUCUCGCAAAACUCGAAAAGGUCGCCAUCCGCUUCCGCCGCAAGCGCGGCCGUCCGCUGUGCCUCAUCCUCCAGAACAGCCACUUUAUCCACGACGACGAGGACGGCCACGCGCUCCUGCACAUGCUCCAGCAGCGCGCCGAGGCGUGGUCGCAAGCCGGCGUCGUCACCAUGAUCUUCCUGUCGGACAACUUUCACACGUACGCGCACCUCAAGCGCAACGCGACGCGCAUGCACGUCCUGUCGAUCCGCGACCUCACGCCGCACGAGACGCACACGUUCCUCGAGGGCACCCACGCCCGCCUGUACCCGGACCAGCCGCCCGUCACCAAGCAGCAGACGCUGCGCGUGUGGGACCUCAUCGGCGGCCGGCUCAACUACCUCGCCAAGGUCGUCAAGCGCGACGACAUGGAGGAGGCGGCGCAGGCGCUCGUCGAUGAGGAGAAGGAGUGGCUCCACUCGAAGCUCGGCUUGAUUCCCGAUCACGACGACGACGUCAUGGACGAGCAGAAGAUGAGCAGCUGCUCUUUCCUUCUCUUCCAAGAGUUUGCCCGCCUCGCCGAGGAGUCGAGCAAGUUCCUCGUCCAGGGCGUGCAGGACGUCGAGGAGCCCAACAGCGACGAGGAGAAGCGCAGCGCGAUCGAGCUCGACUUGCUCAACGUGCUCCCGGACGAGCUCGACCCCAAGGUCACGUACCGCCAGGCGCGCGAGAUCAUGACCCGGCCCGACUACAUCGUCGACCUCGACUCGUGGCACGUCAUCAACGUCGACCGGUACCACAACGUGCGGCCGGACAGCCGCCUCAUGCUGAGCGCCUUCAAGGCGGUCGCCGCCGAGAAAGACUUUCAGGAGAAGCUCGACAACGUGCGCGACCGGGUCGACUUUAUCGAGGCGCUGCACCGCACU